AUGGUCAAGCCGGCAGUAGUGGUGCUCACGGAGGGUGAGUCGGACAAACUGUGGUUGUGGAAUGAGCACGUUGAUCUCGUUCGCACAAAGGUUGCACACACAGGGCUCGGUGAAGGUCAGAUAGCUGAGAAAGUGCGCAUUUUAAAGCAAUAUCUCAGCCAGGACUUCUCUAUGACACUCCAGUCAAGAAUGCUGCCUGCGAUGAGGGCAGAUCCCGACUGA